AUGAAGCCGGCCGUGCUCAUCGCCGCCGCGGUGCUCACUCGCGUAUCGCUCGCGGUCUUCUGCGCCGCGUCCGCGUACCUCGGAUCGGGCCGCCCCGGGAGCUGCACCGGGCAGAACCUGGGCCACGGGAACCUGUCCCGGCCCGGCGUCAGCGAGUGUUUCACGGCGAUCAACGGCGCCUGUGCCCUGGUCGUCAACAAGCAGAGCGGGAGGGGUUGUAACUGCUCCGUCAACUUCUUCUCGGGAGGUGACUGCAACCGGACCUCGGUGGGCACGCUGGCGUGUAGCAGGAUCGGCGCAUCGUUGAAGAUCAACUUUGAUCACUUCAACAUUCGUUGUUGA